AUGGCGUCGUCAUCCCUCGACCCCAUACGCUCAUUCUUCUUCUCCAAUCCGAUCGCCGUCACGAUAGGGGACGCUCUCAACUCCUUUUCCGAGCGUAGGUCCAAGCUCGGGCUUUCCAACCCCGGCACCAUCGAGACGCUCUCCCGCGAGGUCCAGCGCGAUGUCUUCCUCAACAAUUUCAUGUUCACCGGCAUCCGUGCCGAUCUCACCAAGAUCUUCAGCAUGGCACCGCUUUUCCAAGUCUCUCACCAAUUUGCCAUGGGCGAGCGCAUAAACCCGUAUACCUUUGCCGCCAUGUACGGCACCGGCAAGAUCUUCUGCCAGGGUAACGUGGACAACGAGGGCUCCCUCUCCGGCCGAUUCAACUUCCGAUGGUCCGACAAGCUGGUCUCCAAGUCGCAGCUCUCCAUCUCGCCCGGCGGCCAGGACAUGGCCCAGUUUGAACACGAGUACACGGGCGACGACUUCAGCGCGUCCCUCAAGAUGCUGAACCCCUCGUUUCUCGAAGGCGGCGUGACCGGAAUCUACAUCGGAAGCUACCUGCAAUCGCUCACCUCGAGACUCGCCGUCGGCCUGGAAACUCUCUGGCAGCGACCCGCCCUCACCCAGGGCCCCGAAUGUGCCGUCUCGUACUGCGCUCGCUACAAGGCCGACGACUGGGUUGCCACGGCCCAGCUGCAGGCGGCCAUGGGCACGCUCAACACGUCGUACUGGCGAAGGCUCUCCGACAAGGUCCAGGCCGGCGUCGACCUGACCCUCGGUCUCGUCCCCGCCGCCGGUGGUUUGAUGGGCGGCGGUCUGCAGAAGGAGGGCGUCACCACCAUUGGUGCCAAGUACGAUUUCCGCAUGUCCACCUUUCGCGCCCAGGUCGACUCCAAGGGCAAGCUGAGCUGCCUGCUGGAGCAGCGUGUGGCGCCACCUGUCAUGAUGACGUUUGCCGCCGACGUCGACCACUUUACGGUUCGUCCCCCCCUCUUCGCCCCGAGACUGUGCUUGGCUGACCUCGUCGGUGCGCAGCAACAAGCGAAGCUCGGCCUCGGUGUCUCCAUCGAAGCGGCCCCCGAGGAGCUGCAGGACCAGCAGGAAGCCAUGGGCGCCCAAACCCCUCCCAACAUCCCCUUCUAG